CAAUCAGCGUUCAACUUCCCAUUGGCCGGCCGAUGGAACGGCCAAACACCCUCGCAGAGCAGACUGGAAUUGAGACCGUUCCCAUAGUAGCCGCUGGCACCGAGACCCUCGUCGUUCAGCCAGGUGUCCGAUUCGUCCCGGUUCUUACGGACCAGUCGAGAUUCAUCGCCGACACGCCACCAGUCGGCGGAUCUCAGGUUGCCGGAAGCGGAAUCAUUGACAGUGUGGUGCAACCGACCGUGGACAGUAUUGUCGCAGCGGCGUCGACUUUCGGGUCAGGUACCAUGCAAGGUGGACUUAACAUUCAGGUAUUAGACACGCUUCCAGAAUCAGUUGUAACCGACCGCAGACCCAUCAUAGGAGCCGACAUUGGCGUGGUCAGAGGUGGAAUCGAUAGGACCACGGUGGAGAGGCAAACAAUUGUUUCACCAGAAGUAGUGGCAACUGACCAAAGAUCUACAUUCGUUGGAAGCGGUGCGUCAUCCGUGAACAACCCUACCGUCACAAACGAUGUUACACAUAACAUGAAUACGCUAAACACUCCAAGGGCUUCUGCACCGGACCUGGCUGAUACCGGAUUCAUUAACAAUAGUUUUGGAAAUGCCAACAGUGGCAUCAUAACGGGUAACGUAAACCAGAACUUUGAUGCAGUUAAUUCCGCAAGCGCAUCAAAUAUUGUUAAAAAUAUAGAAACAUUUGGCAAUCAAGAACAAGCAAGAGUAGACUCAACUCGUAGAACUAUCAGUGGAGCGGUCGACAUGAGUGGCAGGAACAGUGGUGUACCAGGUGCAGAUACAGCACGUUUGUCUUCUCUCAAAAGUAGUAUCACUGACCAAUUAAAUGUCAACAAUGUCAAUAUCCCUGGGUCGAUUGGUAGUGGCGCAGAUUUCCGUGGUGCCAAUUUCGAUAUCUCUGGACGCUUCGGCAGUGUCACAGAGUUUGGUGGUACUAAGGUCGAUACCUCUGGACGCAUCGGAAGUGUCACUAAAUUCGGUGGUGCCAAUGUUGAUACAUCUGAACGCGCUGGUAGGGUAACAGGCUUCGGUAGUACAAAUAUUGAUACCGCUGGACGCAUCGGCAGUGGUGCAGACAUUGGUUCUGCUACUAUCGAUACCACUGGACGCAUUGGUAGUGUCACAGACUUCGGUGGUGCCACUUUCGAAACCUCUGGACGCAUCGGCAGCGUCACAGACUUCGGUGGCGCUAAUGUUGAUAACUCUAGACGCAUCGGUAGUGUCACAAACUUUGGUGGCGCUGAUGUUGAUAACUCUAAACGCAUCGGUAGUGUCACAAACUUCGGUGGCGCUAAUGUUGAUAACUCUAGACGCAUCGGUAGUGUCACAGACUUCGGUGGUGCUAAUGUCGAUACCCCUGGGCGCAUUGAUAGUGUCACAGAAAUAGGUGGUGCAAAUUUCGGUGCAUCUGGUCCCAUCAGUAGUCUCGGAGACAUCGACGUUGGCAAUCUUGAAGCCGGCUUUGGUAGAACAAAUAUCGGCCGCGAGUCAAGUUCCUCAAAUGAAGCUGGCCGCAUAGUUGAUAUUGUUAUGCCAGAAAAUAGCUUCCCGCCGGUGAAUGACGUCCGGGGAGUAGAAAUUGCGCCAGCAGGAGCUAAUGGGAACUCACUCAUGGACAACACAUUUGCGGAUCAUCCUUCUAGGAGGCUGUCAGUCCCUUUCGGUGAGCCGAGAAACGACGCUAUUCCAAUGGGUCGCUUGGGUGGCAUUUCAAAAAUUAACACCGUGGUACAGGAUGUAGUGAGAGAAGUGCUGUCAAAGUCGGGCAUAGCAGGAGCGGACAUGACAAACAGCUUAGCGAAAAUAAACAACGCCGUCCAAUCUGUCCUCGUUUCUGAAGGAACCAAUGAAGUCAUUGGAAAAUCAGCAGUAAAAGACACAACCACGCAAAAUAAAAUCGCUCCUCAGCCGAGAACGCAAAACGCUCAAACUGUUAAACCGUUUACCACAGCCACAUCAACAACAACAACAACGAGCCAACCAGUCACAAUACGAGAACCGAUAAACAGCAACGCCAAUGUAUUGAUUAACAGUAACGUCGCGCAUGUCGAAACCAACACAACUGAAACGCGAAGUCAUUCUUCAUCAGUUGCGAAGAAAACGGUUGUGACAUCAACUGGUAUUCAAAGUGACAACGAUAUUGCCAAUCGAGUUCCAGGUACGGUAAACGGUAACCAUUUUAUUAACGCGCAGACCGCAAAUGUUGCCUCUAGCCAGCCGCAAAAUGUUGCCUACGCUAGCAUCGCUCCUCAGUCGACAACGCAUAACGCUCAAACUGUUAAACCGUUUACAACAGCCACAUCAACAACAACAACAACGAGCCAACCAGUCACAAUCCGAGAACCGAUAAACAGCAACGCCAAUGUAUUGAUUAACAGUAACGUUGCGCAUGUCGAAACCAACACAACUGAAACCCGAAGUCAUUCUUCAUCAGUCGCGAAGAAAACGGUUGUGACAUCAACUGGUAUUCAAAGUGACAACGGUAUUGCCAAUCGAGUUCCAGGUACGGUAAACGGUAACCAUUUUAUUAACGCGCAGACCGCAAAUGUUGCCUCUAGCCAGCCGCAAAAUGUUGCCUACGCUAGCAUCGCUCCUCAGUCGACAACGCAUAACGCUCAAACUGUUAAACCGUUUACAACAGCCACAUCAACAACAACAACAACAACGAGCCAACCAGUCACAAUCCGAGAACCGAUAAACAGCAACGCCAAUGUAUUGAUUAACAGUAACGUCGCGCAUGUCGAAACCAACACAACUGAAACCCGAAGUCAUUCUUCAUCAGUCGCGAAGAAAACGGUUGUGACAUCAACUGGUAUUCAAAGUGAAAACGGUAUUGCCAAUCGAGUUCCAGGUACGGUAAACGGUAACCAUUUUAUUUACGACGUUCCACAGACCGCAAAUGUUGCCUCGAGCCAGCCGCAAAAUGUUGCCUACGCUAGCAUCGCCGAAAGCCCUGCGAAGGGUAAACAGAUAAACGAACAAGCUCAACAGGCGCUAUGGCAAAAGCAAGCGGUCACUAAUGAUUUGUCAUUAAACGUUAUGCAGAUGAUGGGUUCAAAGAAUUUAUCGUUGGGAGACUUUAUAAAUUUGUAUCAAUAUAUGCAGCAACAGAACAAUCAACUGCCUAACAACGCCGUUUUUCUAAUGAAAGAAAGCCAGGUUAUAUCUCUUCCGCACAUAGCAACCACAAGUGCUCCGAUAACUGAACGAAUGCAGUUGUUUGUAUCAAAUGCAAAUGCAGUCUCUGGCAAAUCUGCGGAAAGCAGUGCAUCGCAUGCGAACGCAACCGCAAAUAAUCAACCCGCUAUUGACUCAAUACGGUCUGUUCAAACUUUAAACGUCUCUGUUGUAAAAGCAAACAAAAACGCCAGUUCUAACAACAUGUCACUGCCUAAUAAAAAUGAAACAUUGACAGCGAAUGCAACAUUAAACGAAUCAAAUACUACACAAAUAAUUAUAGAAAUAACAACGAUUGCCGAUAAUUCUACAUUGACACUUAAUCAAACGACUGUUGCUGGACCAACAACUAUUGAUCCCAGUGUAGCUGCAGAAGCUGAAGCAGAAGCGGCGGCGGAGGCUGAAGCGGCGGCAGAAGCGGAAGCUGAAGCAGCGGCGGAAGCUGAAGCAGAGGCGGAAGCUGAAGCAGAGGCGGAAGCUGAAGCAGAGGCGGAAGGAGCUGCUUGAGCUUAUUGCGCUCGUUCGCUGGCAUUUGUGACGUUACCUUGUAACGUUAAAUGUUUAUGUAAAGAUUUAAACCAUAUGACUUUAAGGACUUAACACAGAAAAACGACUAAUAUUCCAUGACUCUUGAUCUCGGCCAUGAAAAUUUAAAACGAAAAAGUCAUAUUUUAACUCCAUUUUGUUUAUCAAUUAAAAAUAAUAAACAUUUUUCCAGAAAACAAAUCGAGUAAUGCAAUAUGUUUUAAUUAUUACAGUGGUUUGUAUGUAUGUGGCGUAUUUAUUUGUGUAAAUGUUUGUGCAAUGUUACCUUAAAUAAAAUCUCGAAAA